AAAACGGGGGAAAGGAGAGAGCGACUGAGCGGGAGUCAGGACAGGAAGCUGGUUUCUCAUUCCUCCAACUGUCCAAAGCAGGAGGAGGGGAAGGGGGGGAGCCAAAGAGGAGCCUUGUGCAGAGACUCUUCCCCAGUCCCUUUUCAUUAGUCCGUUUGAACUUCCAGUCUCCUCCGAAAGCCAAGAGGAGGACGACCAGACUGGGACGCCUUCUGCUGGAAGUGGCGACAGCGCGACUGACGAAGCCCAGAAGGUGGCCGUGGAGGGCCCCGGGAUUGCGCUGAGGGAAAAGCCGUCCCCCCACCAUCUCCUGCCCCCAACUUGCCAGCUCUGAUGCGGGCACCCAUCCACCACCCACUUGCCUCUGAUGAGAACCCUUCUGGGCUCAGGCUAUGAUCGCUGCUGCUGCGGGCUGUGGAGCCUCCUCUCGCCCUGACCUUCUUCUGCCACAGGAGCAGCCCAACAUCUGGUGGGGAUUAAUGUUUACUUCUCUGGCUGGACGCUGUACGGGACCCCCGAUGUUGCUCCCUGGGAGCGGGACACGGGCGGUGGUCUGAGGAGAAGAGCAAGAAUUUUGUCGCCCAGCGUGAGGCCGGGGGGAGGGGGGCAAGGCAGGAGGGGGGUGAACCUCUUUUGGGACUAACCUCAUGAAGAACAAGGGAGCCAAACAGAAACUCAAGAGGAAGGGAGCCGCGAGCGCGUUCGGCUGCGACCUGACGGAGUACCUCGAGAGCUCUGGGCAGGAUGUCCCUUACGUGCUGAAGAGCUGUGCGGAGUUCAUUGAGACUCAUGGCAUCGUGGAUGGGAUCUACCGGCUCUCAGGAGUGACGUCCAACAUACAGAAGUUGAGACAAGAGUUUGUUUCUGACCAAUGCCCAGAUUUGACAAGGGAAGUUUACCUCCAGGACAUCCACUGUGUGGGGUCACUCUGCAAGCUGUACUUCAGGGAACUGCCCAACCCUCUCCUCACUUAUGAGCUCUACAAGAAAUUCACGGAAGCAGUGUCACGCUUCCCCGAGGACGAGCAGCUGGCACGAAUUCAAAAUGUCAUCCAGGAGCUGCCACCAUCACAUUACAGAACGUUGGAAUACCUGAUCAAGCACCUGACUCACCUGGCUUCCUUCAGCAACAUGACCAACAUGCACACCAGAAACCUGGCCUUGGUGUGGGCUCCAAAUCUCCUCAGGUCAAAGGAGAUUGAGGCAGUUGGCUGCAAUGGGGAUGCAGCUUUCCUGGAGGUGCGAGUGCAGCAGUUGGUGAUCGAGUUCAUCCUGAACCACGUGGAUCAGAUCUUCAACAACAACAGGAAAGCCAGCUCUGCAGAGAACAUUGAGAGUGCAUCAGUUGUGAAAAGUUUGACCCUCCCCUCAGCCUCCCUGCCAAUGAAACUGGUGAGCCUGGAAGAAGCCCAGGCACGGAGUCUGUCUGCAUCCCAUCCUGCUCGGAAGGAGAGGAGAGAGAACAGCUUGCCUGAAAUUGUGCCUGUAAUUGGGUCCCUCUUCCACACAGUUGUUGACCUUCCCGACAGCAAGAGGAAAUUAUCCACCAAGUCCAAGAAAUGGAAAUCAAUAUUUAAUUUGGGCCGCUCUGGCUCAGAAUCAAAGUCUAAACUGAGUCGAAAUGGGAGUGUCUUUGUAAGGGCACAGAAGCUUUCUGAAAAAGCAACUAUCCGGCCUGCAAAGAGCAUGGACUCGUUGUGUUCCCUGCCAGUGGAAGGGGAGGAUGACAAAAGCAGGUUCAAACGGUCCGUGACUACUGGAGGAUUCUUUGUUCCCACCAAGAUACGGACAGGAGGCACAGGCAGCUCAUAUGACCUCAGCAAGGAGAAUGAGUGGGAGCGGGAAGGAUCUGCCAUGGGGGCCAGAGGAAGUUCAGAGCUGGGUGGGGAAAGAGGUCUUCCCCGGACACCGCAGGUGAAGUCAGCCCCCGAGCAGCUGAAGGUUUUCCGGGUAGCAGAGGAUGCUGAAAACGAGCAGACUUCAGCCAAAGGAGUGCUCAUGUUCUACACCUCUGAAACAGCCACUAAGUCAGGCUUCCCAAGCAGCCUCUUUCCCUUGGAGGCCUCUCCUCAUCACCAGAGGAAAGCCCUGAACAUCUCGGAGCCAUUUGCUGUCUCUGUCCCGCUGAGGGUAUCGGCAGUCAUCAGCACCAACAGCACACCCUGCCGCCUGCCCACCAAGGAGAAGCAUUCCCUUUCUAGUCUAGAGGAGCUGUCUUCUCUGGUGGAGAGCACGAGCCCCUCUGCUCUGGAGCCAGGGACCCACACAAGGACAGAGCAGGCAGCGGAGCGCAAGGAGAAACAGCCAGGGCCAACUCUGCCAUUGCCAGCAUCCAGAGGCUCUCAUCCUGAGGAGAUGGUGGCAGCUGGGAAACCUGAGUCCCUAGAAAUGCCACAGCCAGGAGCAGAAAAUCAGGAGACAUGUGGGCAAAGCAGCUGCACAAGCAGCACCAGCGGCCCCCAGCAGUCCUCAGAGCAGAGUCCCACUUUGGAACAAACACCAGCUUCAGAGUUCCAUAAGGGACCACUCCCAGCAGACAAAGCAGAGCAAGGACAGCUCAAGAUGAAGGAAGUCUCCUCAGAAAGCAGCUGUGACCAACAGGAGAUUGAGAUGGCUAAGACAGAAGAAGGAUCACGCCUAAGAGACGUGACUGAGGAGGACCCAGCGAAUGCCCUUCUAGAACCGCUGUGGCCAGAGAUACAGCAGGAACUGAAAAUCAUUGAACCUGAAGAGGAGCUCUUGCUCUUGCCAGCAGCUGUUCCCAAGACAAGUCCAAUUUCCGAAUCCUCCUCUACAGAACAAACAGAUAGUCUUUGCUCUGGCCCAGGGCAGAGUCCAACACUUGCUGAGCAGAAAUCUGAAAGCAGAGCAUCACAGAUAACUCAGGUGCCUUUAUUUGGUGCCAGUGGCAUGGAGCAACAAGACAGCCUCCCCAGCCUCCAGUCUGAUGCAGUUGCAGAGCAGAGUGGUGCUUCAGCCCUACCCAAACUGGGCACUCUUCCCACGGGCUCAGCCACCCCAAAGAACCACCAGUCAAUAGUAGAGAGCAGGAGUGAAUGUCUCACUCCUACCCCAGACUGGAAGCUUCAUGGUCAAUCAGAAUUUAGUGAGACUGCCACUAGUGAUGGAUUAUCUUGUUCCAAAGGAGCAUGUCCAGAAUCAGGGAAAGACAAAGAUGGCACUUACCAGCUCCAGAGGGAAAAGGAUGGUCUUACCAGAGUCCAGACUCAGAGGGAGAAACAUGAGAUAAUGACUACUGAUGAGAGGGACACAUUCUCCUCCAAGGCACUGAGUGGAGCUGGAAUGCAGGAGGUGAAGGAAGGCAAUGCUGUUAGCAGAACCCAGGAUGCUGCUGACCAGGAUGAUGAGGAUGCCUGGACAGAUAAUGUACAGAGCUUAGAACUUGUGGAGCCUUGGGAAGAUCACCAGUGGGUUACAAGCCCUCUCCAUUCCCCCACCUUUAAGGACAUUCAGGAGAAGAUGGCCCAGGAGAUUCACCCACAGAGCCAGAGAGCAGAGACAAGCCUUUCUCUCAGGCCGCGGUUCAGUCGCAGCCUCUCCCUGGACAGUAAAGACACAGUGCUGAGUCUGUGGACUACCCCAUUCUCUUUCAUAGAUGCCACUGACCAGCAGCAGCCAUGCAGUGACAUUCUACAUUCAGUGACAUGUGAGCUGUCCAAAACACAACCCAUGUCUACUUUGGGCAAAGCGAUGCAAGAUGAGAAUGGCCCAAGUCCUCCAGAAGAACCUUCAAAACCUGAGUAUCCCCUUAUCAGGGAGAAAGCACCAGGUGAGAAAGCAGGACCCUCCAGGGUCUCUCUUUUGGAGACAGAGGGAAAGAAAUUGCAUGUGAGCAAAGAAAACCCUUGGAGCCCAAAGCUUGAGUUGUCUUUGCCAUACCAAAAUAGCCCAAGCAGUUCUUCAGAGGCUAAGAAAACAAAGGAGGAGUUAUCCAUCUCUCAGGACACUGCCCUGGGAGGAGAGACUCUCACCAAAGCAUUGUGUUCUGCUGCUGAGUCACAGCUGAAUAAUAAAGGUGAAGAAACACCUCGCAAGGUAAAGACCAGGCCUUCAUCCCUCAACUUGGAUUCACUCCUCCCAGCCCCAGAUUUCUUCACAUUUGAGAGCCUGUCCAUGCCAUCUGCCCCUGGGAACCUCCUGUAUGGGCAGAAGGAAGUAAAAAGCAGUGAUUCUGUUCCAUCCCUACCUACACACUGCCCUGCUGCCACUAGGGGUGUUCCCUGGGGGUCUCGUUUCAAUGCCCCCGUGGAUCUAGACUUGGAUUACCUGGCAGUGGCCCACGCCACCACCGGCCGUCGUAACUCUGCCCCUGUCAGUGUGUCAGCAGUCAGGACCUCCUUCAUGAUUAAGAUGUGCCAGGCUAGAGCAGUGCCCGUGAUACCACCCAAGAUUCAGUACACCCAGAUCCCCCAGCCCCUGCAGGCUCAGAACACUGCUCCAGCCACUGAGAAGAAGGAAUCAGAAGCCAAGCAGGCCAUCAGGCAAGCUCCACGGGUGGCAUGGAGCCACCUGGAGGCCCCCAAGAGCCCGCUGACAGAGAAGAAAGCCAAAGCAGAGAAAGAAAACAGUGACCCUGCUCAAAAAGACUCAGCCUGCCCUUGGCAUGGCAGCCUGGGCUCUCCACUGGAGCCGUCUCAGUCCAGCCAUCACCCUGCUCUGGAUGCCCCUGUUCUGCGCCGAAAGCGCACCUCUGGCGGGGAGACAGCUGGAGAUAACCCACAGUCUUCAAAGAUAGAGCGGCCAUCAGGGUUCUCCAAACCCUCCUACAGAUCUAGGCCGGGGAGGCCCCAGAGUCUGAUUCUCUUCAGUCCCCCUUUCCCCAUCAUGGACCACCCCACGUGCUCAGCAGACUCCAGGGUACUGUUGUCACCCAUCAGGAGCCCCACGCAGAGCACCUCGCUGAGCCCCAUUUGUGGCGAUCUGUCCGACCCUGCGCGGACAGCGCCUGAGGGGGUGACGCUGAGGAACAAAAUGACCAUCCCCAAGAACGGCCAGAGACUGGAGACCUCUACCAGCUGCUUCUACCAGCCCCAGAGGCGCUCUGUCAUUCUGGAUGGACGAAGUGGGAGGCAGAUUGAGUAGCAGCUGCUCCUCCUAUUCCUUUUCUGUGAUGGUUGGAAUGGGAGUGUCCAAGACCAACUCUGUUGCCAUUUUGCUGUUGUUAAAACUAUUCUGUGCAAGAUGGACCUGAAUCCUUUAUGGUUUCCUGCAAAGCUUUUGCUAUGGAAGGUCAUGGUAUCUUUGUCUUGCUUUUCAUUCCCCUUGUUACUCCUGCCUAGUUCCUCGCGGUCUGUUUUUUUUUUAUGGUAAGCCAGUCCCAGGGAACUUGCAUUUCUCACACCUGUUCUCUAACAAGCCCUGUGAAAGUCUCAUCCUCCCUAUGGAAAAAAGGAAAGGUAAAUCUCUGUAUAAUUACAAUUUAGAGCUGAGAGGAAACAUUGUUACAAGACACUGCAGCUCAGGGUGUAGGGGCACAACAUCUGCUGAGGAGGUAAGUCCAGAUGUUUGGGAACUCCUACCAUUGUUUCCCAGACACCAAUGAAGGACUUUCUGAUUUAUGUAGUGUAAAUAAACAGUGCAGGAGGCUGGGGAUAGCUGAAGAGGAAGGUUCAGCUGGCAUGAGCAAGUCACACAGGGCAUGAGACACCCAAGGAUGUUCCAGUGAUAAACAUACAACCUGAAGACGCUGCCUCCAGCUCUCUUCUUGCAUCACAGAUGUGCUCUUUCCAGCAUGUGCAAGGGCUGGAAUGAAAGCAGCUGGACAGGAAAUGCCUAGUUGUUCUUUCAGUCUUCCAGGUCUUGCUCACUGAGUGCUCAGUCUCUCCUUGCUUGGGCACACAAGAUGGGUGUGGCUGAGGAAUGGGUGUGCAGCUGGCUGCCCAGCAGUAGAGACCCCUCAGGCUGAAAGCAGUGAAAGCCAAGGCAAGGUCACACCAAAGGCCAGUAUCAACUAUUUUCAUCAUGCUUAAAGCCAGAUGACACCUCUGCAGCUGUCUCCAGCUGAGCUCCACACUGCCAACAGCAGACAAAACCAAGAUGAUCUUAUCUCCACAUCCUUGGGCUAUUGCCCUCUUGCACCCUGACGGACAUAUCUUUGACCCUUGGUCUUUCAUUGCCACUGUGUGGCAUGUCCCCAGGUGCUUCUUCUCCGUUUAAAUUUCCUCUCCUAUGAUUUUACACUGUUUCUUUGAGAGUGUGGCUGGUUGCCACCUCCCUGGACCUCAGUGCUUUCAGAUUGAUUAAGAGUAUGGUAAAGAGGAUGAUUUGUGGGACUGCAGAACAGAUCAUGAACAAGUCCUGAGAGGGAUAUUUGAAGUGAAUUAAACUCUCUCCUGAAGGAAACAUUAAUGUUACAGGCAAAUACGUGUUCAGAUAUGCAACAGCUGCCAUGGGAAUAGAAUUAAAGCUUCCUUUAUAAAGCCUCUAACUCUGCAUUCACCACAGGCUCAUCUGUUGCCUGAUCUAUGACUGUGGGUGAUGGUAAAGUCAGGUACAGCCUGUGCUGUCUCUGCAAUUUAAGUGUCACUGGUGACUAGAGAGGAGACAGGAACACAGGUGUUGCUGCCAGCACUGAGAUUGUCCCUGUAAUGUGCUUGCAGGGGCCAUCAUUCCUGGAGAUGUCUGAGUCUGCAGGCCCUCAGGUGGGUGUGAUGGGCUAUAGUUUAAGCAGUAAACUGUCAGGAAGUGCUAUAGCCGCCACAAUGAGUGUCAGCCAGAAUUUCCCAAAAGAUGUGUGUUUAGGGCUUUUUUUUAUGUAGUACUGGCAAUUUCCAGUGGUUAGUAAACUCAACCCAUGAGCUCCUAGUCUGUACAGACUGUGUCACUUUAUUAGUGCCAUUGUGGCUGGAGGGCCCAGAGCCCACCCCCAUGCAGUGCUUUCUCUGAACUCUUUCAUUGCUAAAGGAGAGAUAUGCUGGACUAUUUUUGAGAAGUUAUGGAUCCACAAAUGCAAGGAAUAUAUCUUCAGCAGAAUUUUCUCCUUCCAUUUCCAAAGGGAAUGUUAAAAACAAGAGGGCUUUUCCUUGUCACGAGCUGCAGUCUUUGAUCCUCCGCACUGCACUCUUUAUUUGUGUACAGUACCACAUGGGAACAGAGCAUAGAACUAAGUCUAUGCUGUCAGUUUUUUUAAGGGAGAUUAUUAAACCAGAUGAGAGCCUGGAGUUCUUGUUUGGGUCCAUGUUCUUUCACAGGCAGCAGCCUAUGCUUUACCUGGGCAAGCUGUGGACAGCAGGCCCAGAAUAUGCAGCUUCAUGACAAUUGUAUUAUUCUACUCCCAGACCAUAAUAUGCCUGUGCAGCCUCUUAUUAAAACUAGGGAAUUUCCAGUCCUUCAUGCUCCUCAUAGUUAGCACAGCUCCACACUGCACAUACAUGUCGCUGCCUCAUGAGAAAGCUUUUAAUCACCAUGGCUGGGUUAAUGACAAAGGGAAGGUGUGAUACAAGGUAUUGUGGUAAGGCUUUAGAGGAAGUAAAAGUUGUGGAAAUGAUGCCCAGGUUUUUUGGCAUCAACAAAAGAGUUUACUUUGGACAAGGACUUAUAGUCUCUCAGGUCCUAGAAGUUUUGACUGCCAAGGCAGCUGGAAGGGAGCUAAAGAAGCUCACAAAGUAAUGCAUCAGAAGGAAAAGAAAAUGUGAUGAAACCUUGGCAUGCUGCAACCAUUUUUUUCACCUCCUUAUUCUCAUAUAAGCUGAUCUAUGAACAAGAAAUGAGGUCUGGCAAUUUGUAUAUAAUACACUGUCUCAACUCUUAACAGCAUUCCUGUAAGUAAUAGCACUUUUGGCAUAAGUGGUGAAACUCCUGCAAGAGAAAAUUAUUAGAAAUCUUUACUUGAUAUUAAAGAUCAGCCUCAACUAAGAUCUGUAUCCAGACUAUACUUUUUAAGGAUGUUUCAGAAUUUGAACUCAGAUCUGGGUCCUGGAUUGUAAUUAAGCAGAGAUGCUGCAAUGGUAUCUCUAUUUUGUAGCUUGAUCCCAUUGCUUAGCUACAAUUUAAUCUCCAGCCUUCAGCUGAUCUAUCCAGAACAGUUAAAAUAAAGCCCCAGUCCUGCAGAGAUGAAAGCAUGUUCUUAGUUGCAAGGUGCCCUGUUGUUCUCAGCUCCAGAUUCAGCCUUCUGCAGAGUCUGUAAAGUUUGAUGAUGGAUCCAUGCUGAUACUGGUACCUGCAAUCAGCUUGAAGGACCAGAGCUGGGAAUUGGACAGGGCCAGAAAGGAGAUGCCACCUCCCAUUAAACGGUGCUGGCUGGAUGGCAGGAGAUUCCUGAGAUCCAGCUUUACUAAGCUAUCCCCAAUGUCAGUUUCAGGAUCAGACCUGAUCUCUUCAAGAAAGGAUUUUCUUCUUUCUUGUGUUUUUUCUCCUUGGUUUUGGGAUUGGUUUUUAUUGGUUUUCUUUGUUUGUUUGUUUGAGGUUUUGUUUCUGUUUUUCCUUCGUUUAUCUGUGAAGCAUUAUGAAGAAGGGUAGAUUGGAUUUAUGGGACAUGAGUCUGGCCCAGGUGAGCAAGCUGGUUUUUCUUGGCAUUAUUGAAAGGACAUUCCUAAAUAGACUGGCUCAUCAUCUGCAGCUCCACAAGGAUCACUUCAGAGACUCUGCAGUACAUUUGAAUUCUCCUGGGACUGUGAAAAGUAAAGGCUGUUGCCCCGUUUGCAGAUGGCCCUAGUAUCAGACUUGACAAAGUAUCACCAGCAUGUGUUGUUUGUGGGCUUUUACGAGUGGAAGAAGAGUGAGUAAAUUUCAUUUAUUCUUCCCAUGUAGUCAGAGGGUUGGUGCAGCUUCUCUUAAAUGUAGCUCAGAGUGAAAUGGCUGAGCUGGCAAAGGUGAAAGGAGGGACAUGGAUAAUGUUAGCUCAUGUGGGAGCUGCCUCACUGGCAGGAGAGUAAACAGAAAAUAAUUUACCUUAUAAACCCCAGUCCUCUGGGCUGUCCAUCUCAUGCUAUCACUGUAGAAUGACUGAAGUACUUAUUUUUUCACCUUUAGAGCUUCAGAGGAACUUAAGUCUGUAUUAAAGAGCAUCCAUGAAGUCUGCAACAUUUCCCCUCAUCCAACAUCCAAAUGGUGCAAUCAAAAUAUUUUUUCUUUCUUUAUGGAUUCUGAAACACCUGUAAUGGUGAAUAUUUAAAAAUAAAAGAUCAUUCUAUGUAAAUGUAUUAAAAAAAGGAAAUGUAAUUAACAUGAAGGAAUUGCCUAAAUAGUAUUUUACACAUCUGUGAAACUUGGGCUGAUGCAUGGAACUGAUUUCUGCUGCUACGUUUGCAGCACUGACAGUGUGAGAUCAAGUGGCUUUUUGCCCACAGAGUAGCUAAUUAGUUCUGGUUAAUCUGUGGUGGGCAGAGGCCUGAAUGUGCCUUGCUGAGAAGGAUCAUGUCCUGGGAAAGUGGGGACAAGACCAGGGGAGACCAGAGUUCAAGGGCUGAUUUAGCUUUCCACCACAAGCUUCUCCCCAGGCCUUGAAAAUGCAAACAAUCUACUGAAGCAUAUACAACCUUCAGGCAUGCCCAGGUUUUUCAGUUGUCCUUUUUGCUUCUCUCCAUCUCUGGAAAAAAAAAAAAGAAUAAAAAUCUCUAGGGAUGGGGAAGAAGCUGCAGCUGCUCCCGGUUCUGUUUAACCUUUGCUUGCUCCUAACUGAUGUAAAGGCUUACUGGUGAUAACUAAUUCUGCUCCAAGCAAGGAAUGGAAAACUUCCCAUUGACUUUGACUGGAGAUGGAGUAGGACUUGAACAGCCCUAGAAAGGAUGGAUGGCAGAAGGCAAGAACUUUCUGAGGGCUCCAGAGAGCAGUCCAGACCUUGGAUCUUGUGCUUGCAGACACUAGUCUCCUUUGAAUAUAUUUGCUGCCAGGUCAAGAAAAGGGCUGGAAGCUGGACACUAUGAAGAGGACUGUCUCCAUCCCACUGGCCCUGGUUUUGUGAUUAUUUUUCCUGCUAGCUCUGAUGAAUUGCCGUUUUGUUAAGCUUUUUUCUCUGUGUGGACUUGCCUGCCUCUGUGCGUGAUUGUUAAAAAAAAAAGAAAGGAAGAAAGAAAACAACAGCCACAAAAGAAAGAUGUUUUGCCAGGUCUCAGCCAUGAGAUUAAACUGGAGUUUUUAUAAAAACAGAUCUGUGCCCUA